UUAUACCUUCGUAACCUUGCCAUCUACAUGGAGAAGUCUGUUAACGUCACUCUGAGGAAACUGACGCUCUCCACCCUCUCUGCCUCAGCUCUGUUGAUAUAGAUAAGGGCAUAUCCUCCUCCUGUCUUCCUGAAGUCAAUGAUCAAUUAUUUUGUUUUGUGAACAUUGAGAAAGUGGGUGUUAUCAUUGCAUCACUACACCAAGUGCUCUAUCUUGGGGCACAUCGUCACUCAGAGGUUAGCACUGCUGCCUCAGGGAUAAUUUAGAAUCUAAAUUAAUAUUUCCAGCAAAGAGACUGAAGUGAAUAUCUCUACGUUUACUGACAUUAUAAAGCAAGAUGGAAAAGUUAGCUCUGAAGGUGACACAAAAGGGCUUUGAAAAUCUCUAGUCAGUUUGAUUGUGGAUGCUUUUAUCGUUGAAUAAAUUUCAGGAUGAAAUAAAAAGAUUUUCAGCUAUGAGAAUCAAGGAUAUAGAAAAAGGGUGGAAAAUGGUUUAAGGUUAAUGAUCAGCUAAGGUGAUGUUGAAUGGCAGGGCAAGUUCAAGUGACAGUAAAGCCUACUCCUGCCCCUCCUACUUCAGUACUUGUUUCAUCAUCUGCUUCACAAUGGUUUCAUCACUGGGCUUCCUGUUAUCUUCUUCUUCUUUUAAAUUAUUUCCACAGUUAUAUCAGGCAUUUACUUCAAUAUCAAAACUAAGAGCUUGGUGACUGAGGACAAGCAGUGAUCAGGUCUUUGUGAAUAAGAUAUGUGGAGUAUUGUUCUUCUCAUUUGUUCCCUGCCUGUUUCAGGUGCAUUGUCAGCGGAAAAGAAAGUAGCAGGAAUUGUGGGAAGAGCGAUUACAAUAAAUUGUUCUUAUGACAAACAGUACCAGCAAAACAUGAAAUACUGGUGUCAUGGUUGGACUAAUCAAUGUACAUAUGUGGUGAGAACAAAUGAUCCAGAGGGACAGCAAGGAAGAAUGUCAAUUAAAGAUAACAAGGCACAAGGAGUAUUUAUUGUUACAAUGGAAAACCUUCACAGGGAAGAUGCAGGAUGGUACAGCUGUGGUAUUGAUCGACCUGGACUUGAUUUAAAGUUUGCCUUAAUGCUACAAGUAUCUUAUGAAUCCGUGUCGAUUCCUGUUCUCAAAUUCACUUCACCACCAAAUGUCUCAUGUUCUGGGGGAUCAGUGUCAAUCUCCUGUGAAUCUGUCUGGGGAUCCCCUCCCAUUUACUACAAAUGGUAUGAAAGCACCUCAGAGAUAUCUGACACCAAUAAAUUGGAUCUACAUUGUCAAUCCUUCAAACAGCAAAAUCAUCAAUAUUACUGCACAGCCAGAAAUCAGCAGGCAAUAAAAGACAGUGAAAUGGUUAAAGUAUCAGUCAUCAACAGAUCAGUGAACAAUUGCAAUUAUGUGGUAGAGAUCAGCAGCAUUGGUAAGUAUUAUUUUAAACAAACAGUUAAAUUUUUUUAA